UCUGGUCUUUUUUCCACUUUCCAUCUUCUUCUCUCUCUUCCCCAACCAUUCUCUCAUGAACUUCAUACAAAGCUCUCUCCACUCAGAGGGCUUACCCGUUUGAACCAAUCCUUUAAAAGGUUUCGAUUUUUAUCCUCUCUCUCCCUCUCUUUCUCUUUUAAGCUCUGUUGUGUGAAUUUUGGACUUGAAAACAUGAUGGCUCACUCCAUGGACGAUAGAGACUCUCCUGAGAAAGGAUUUGACUCCGGCAAGUACGUGAGAUACACGCCUGAGCAAGUCGAAGCUCUCGAGAGAGUUUACGCCGAGUGCCCUAAACCUAGCUCUCUCCGUAGACAGCAACUCAUUCGAGAAUGCCCCAUUCUCUGCAACAUCGAGCCUCGACAGAUCAAAGUCUGGUUCCAGAAUCGCAGAUGUCGAGAGAAGCAGAGGAAAGAAUCUGCUCGGCUUCAGACGGUGAACAGAAAGCUGAGUGCUAUGAACAAGCUUUUGAUGGAGGAGAAUGACCGUUUGCAGAAGCAAGUCUCCCACUUGGUUUACGAGAAUGGGUUCAUGAAACACCGAAUCAACACUGCAACUGGGACGACCACAGACAACGGCUGUGAAUCUGUGGUCGCGAGUGGUCAGCAACGUCAGCAGCAAAACCCGACACAUCAGCAUCUUCAACGUGAUGCUAACAACCCAGCUGGUCUUCUCUCGAUUGCGGAGGAGACCUUGGCGGAGUUCCUUUGCAAGGCUACAGGAACUGCUGUCGACUGGGUUCAGAUGAUUGGGAUGAAGCCUGGUCCGGAUUCGAUUGGCAUCGUCGCUGUUUCACGCAACUGCAGUGGAAUAGCAGCACGUGCCUGUGGCCUCGUGAGUUUAGAACCCACGAAGGUUGCUGAAAUCCUCAAAGAUCGUCCAUCUUGGUUCCGUGACUGUCGAAGUGUGGAGACUCUGAGUGUUAUACCCACUGGAAAUGGCGGUACUAUCGAGCUCAUCAACACUCAGAUUUAUGCUCCCACAACACUAGCAGCAGCUCGUGACUUUUGGACCCUGAGAUAUAGUACAAGUCUAGAAGAUGGAAGCUAUGUGGUUUGUGAGAAGUCACUCACUGCUGCAACUGGUGGCCCCAAUGGUCCACUUUCUUCGAGCUUUGUGAGAGCCAAAAUGCUGUCAAGCGGGUUUCUUAUCCGUCCUUGUGACGGUGGUGGUUCCAUCAUUCACAUUGUUGAUCAUGUUGAUUUGGAUGUUUCAAGUGUUCCUGAAGUCCUGAGGCCUCUCUAUGAAUCUUCUAAAAUUCUUGCUCAGAAAAUGACCGUUGCUGCUCUGAGACAUGUGAGGCAAAUUGCUCAAGAGACUAGUGGAGAAGUUCAGUUUAGUGGGGGACGCCAGCCUGCUGUCUUACGAACUUUCAGUCAAAGACUCUGCCGGGGUUUCAAUGACGCUGUGAAUGGUUUUGCGGAUGAUGGAUGGUCUCCAAUGAGUAGUGAUGGGGGAGAGGAUAUUACUAUCAUGAUCAACUCUUCCUCUUCUAAAUUCUCUGGCUCUCAAUACGGAAACUCGUUUCUUCCAAGUUUUGGAAGCGGUGUCCUCUGUGCCAAAGCUUCUAUGCUGUUGCAGAAUGUACCACCCCUUGUACUGAUUCGGUUCUUGAGAGAACACCGAGCUGAGUGGGCAGACUAUGGCGUUGAUGCUUACUGUGCUGCAUCUCUCAGAGCCACUCCAUUCGCUGUUCCAUGCGUUAGAACCGGUGGGUUCCCCAGUAACCAAGUCAUCCUUCCUCUCGCACAGACACUCGAACAUGAAGAGUUUCUGGAAGUGGUUAGACUCGGAGGUCAUGCUUACUCACCCGAAGACAUGGGCUUAUCCAGGGAUAUGUACUUACUGCAGCUUUGCAGUGGUGUUGAUGAGAAUGUGGUUGGAGGCUGUGCACAGCUUGUCUUUGCACCUAUUGAUGAAUCCUUUGCUGACGAUGCACCUUUGCUUCCUUCUGGCUUCCGUGUCAUUCCCCUUGACCAUAAAACUUCUCCGAAUGAUCAUCUUUCUGUGAAUCGAACAAGGGAUCUAGCAUCAUCUCUAGAUGGUUCCACCAAAACAGACACAAACACAAACUCCAGAUUGGUCUUAACCAUAGCCUUCCAGUUCACAUUUGAUAACCAUUCAAGAGACAAUGUUGCUACGAUGGCGAGGCAGUACGUGAGGAAUGUUGUUGGUUCGAUUCAGAGAGUUGCUUUAGCAAUUACGCCACGUCCUGGCUCGAUGCAGUUUCCCACUUCCCCUGAAGCUCUCACUCUGGCCCGUUGGAUCUCCCGCAGUUACAGCAUUCAUACGGGAGCAAACAUGUUCGGAGCUGAUACUCAAGGUUGUGAUGGAGACACAUUGCUUAAGCAACUCUGGAACCAUUCUGAUGCCAUCUUGUGCUGCUCCCUCAAAACUAUUGCAUCGCCGGUAUUUACAUUUGCAAACCAAGCCGGUUUAGACAUGCUUGAAACAACACUAGUGGCACUUCAAGACAUAAUGCUGGACAAGACUCUAGAUGACUCUGGUCGUAAAGCUCUUUGCUCUGAGUUCGCUAAGAUCAUGCAGCAGGGAUAUGCUAAUCUUCCGGCGGGAAUAUGCGUGUCAAGCAUGGGGAGACCAGUUUCGUAUGAGCAAGCGACGGUGUGGAAAGUUCUUGACGACAAUGAGUCGAAUCACUGCUUGGCUUUCAUCCUGGUGAACUGGUCCUUCGUGUGAAGAUGUUUGUUUGUGAAAGAAGAAGAAAGGGAUGAUGUAUUGUUAUGUUAUAUAUUAAGGUUAGGAUGCUGUUUUUUCUCACUAAGGUUUGUUAAAUCUAGAGGGUCAACAAUAUGUGUAAUAAUGUUGACAAAUGUGAUGAUGUCUCUUUAAACAAUUAUGACACUAUGUAUGGCAUGACUUAUUAUUUAUGUUUUGUGUUUAUCUUGUUUCUUA